GAGAGCACACCAUAGAUAGUGCUGUAUCUGUAGAUAGUGCCUGUGCGCUCGCUGUCGCCAGGGUUCACAAAGGCGGUUCUGUAAAAGGUGUAGCAAAAAAACCACAUGCCCAGAAUGCAGGAGCACGGUCACGUCUUUGGAAAAGGUGCUGCGGCUGCAUGGCUCUUGCUCAUGAUGCUCAUUCAACAGGUGGCUUCCAGUUCUGACCCAGAGCUCGAUGCCAGCUCAGGCUCGGUUCAGGGAGUUGAAAGGCCACUCAGGAGAACAGCUCGUAUGACGCCCCUUUGGAGAAUCAUGGGUACUAAACCCCAAGGAGCCUACUGCCUGAACAACUAUGAAUGCUCCACAGGAAUAUGCACGAAAGGCCACUGUUCCUUUAUCCAACCUAUACAAUCCUAAGAGUGGAGAUGGGUUCUUCUCUUCCAGCGCACGUGGCAGUGGAUGUCACUGCACAGAAACCUGCCUUUACCUAAUGGAAUCAGAUUAAAAGGGUUUGAUGCAGUCAGUACUGAGAGAAUGUAAUGUGCAAUGCAGUAUGUUAGAAGACAGGCAAAGAAAUGCAUAUUGUGGACUGUGUUUGGGUCAGCUGAUGAGCACUACACAGAGAUCUGAAUCAUUUUUUAGAAGCAGGUUACUGCCUCUGAUCACAAUUAUAUGAGAUCAUAAUACACAAUAUAAGCUCUCUCUGCCAUUUAUCAACACAGACUCAUAUCCUUCAUGUGUAAUGUGCAGUACAUUUACAUUAUUGUGUUUUUAUAUAUUCUUAUGUCUUCUAACCAUUUCUUAAGUUUUGUGACCAAGGAUGGCAUAUUUGAUCAUAAACUAAACAUACAUUAGAUUUCAGGUGGUGCUAGAGCUGGAGGUAUGCAUAUAAUACUAUUUUUUUGGGCACACAUUAAGCCUAUGACUAUGCUAUUUCUAGAAAAUCAUCUCUUUGCAUUAGAUUAUGUUAUGUGCAAGUAGAACAGGCAGCAUGUUGUCAGAAAGGAUUGUGUAGAGUUUUAUCCUGUGUCACUGAACUACAGAGAAACAGAGAAUGAGAGAAAGUAUGAACAGAGGUGCAAACAUGGCCUCUUUCGACUGAGUAAAUAUAUCACUGGGCUGUCACUCGUAUCGCUCCUCUCUAUUCUGAUUUGCUGAUGAUGAUGAUGAUGAUUAUUAAUAAUGUUAAGAUCCAUUCACUGCUUUUUAAUCUAUCUCCUGAUACUGGGUUGUCAUGCAUCUUGUCUCACGUAUUAGAAUUUAAUAAUGUUCCAUGUGCCAGAUAUUUUAUUUAUUUUAUUUGUUUUAUUUGUUUGCUCAUUUUGUAUACUUCACAUUUUCUGUUUGUUCUUAGAUAUAUCAAUACUGAAUGUAUGAGUGUACUGUAUGUUCUCUUUUUCUAAUAUAUUUUGAUGUUUUACU